AUGUACGGUAACCAGUCUAGUGGUGGACCGGAAACCCCACCGUUAGUGUGGAAUGUCGCAAAGGUGCUGCAAGACGGUUUCAACAACCACCGCAGUUCCCUGCCGCAACUUCUCGGGAUUGCGCACAAUCUAGAGGAGACCUUGGAAAAUACAAGACUAAUGUACAACAAGGCCGUGAAGGAGCGUGAUGAACUGCGCAACAAACUUGUCGCCGCACAAAAUAGUAUCGUCGCGGUGAAACGAGUCGUUGAACAAUACGCCACUGUCAAUGAGCCGGUUGUGGCUUCAGAUGGCUUCACAUACGAGAGUGAACUCAUCCGUGAUUACCUGCGGGAAUGUGCCAGUUCUCAGACCAAGGCAUACUCGCAAUUAACAAAGGAGGAACUGCUAGAUGUACUGGUCCCCAACCAAACGUUGAGCCGGCUUGUAAAAAUGCUUCAACAAGUUUGCCCCAUGGAUGUGCCACCGGUUUCUGUGCGCACUCCGAUACCACCCUUCAAACCGCUUCAGCAAGGUGAAGUGGGAAGCAAGGGGGUGGGGAGUAACCUCAACUGGGCCGGUGACGAGCGUGGACCCGGUACAUCAGCCAUACAGGCAUCAGAUGUGGAAACAGCGAUGGUAAGUGCAGCUACCACCCCGGGAGUUAGCGGUGUGCACAGUUCCAAUGCACAGGCAGUUACCAGCAACCCCAACGGUGCUACCGCACGGCGGUGGGAAAACCGGCAGGCACAACAACCGCAGGUUUCUGGAUUUACCGGGAAGAAUUCCAACAGGAAACAUCCUUGCCUUCGAGUGUAUGGUCGAUGCAACUUCUUGGAGGACUGUGCCUUCGCUAAUUACCCGUAUGGAGCGUGCCUCAACUACAUUAAGGGUAAGUGCCGCUUUGGACAACACUGCAAGGAGCUUCAUGUCAGCUCUGCUUAUCCUCGCUACGGUGACCAGCGUGGGGGCGGGGGCAUUAAUAGCGGCAACAACACCGCUAACAAUUCCACCGCAAAUGCCGAUAUUGCCACACCCACUGCAACAGGAAGAGGAGGUUCCGGAGCAAAUCCCACUACAACUCCUCGUUCGGAGGAGAAGGGCCAGUCCACCAGCACCAAGGCGAAGAAAGGUGCGAGAGAGUCCAGCAAAUGUAGCAGUGUAAAGACGGAUGCGUGUGCAGGGGGCGAUGUGGAGGCGGAAGCGGUGAAGGAACUGAAGGCAGCGCCACCCGACACAUCACCUCAAGAGGCGACGGGAGGCGAAAGGACGGAGCGGGAAGUAAUGGAGGCUCCGGAACCUUCUGAGGGAAGUACUUAA